AUGCACCAGCAACAUCUACCCAUGUCAAGGGUUGGUCCUGUCACGGGCGAGAUGCCCAAGAAGAUGGACAUUACCAGCCUCAUGUCUCCUCCUGACCUUGUUCUCGACAGCUUCAGCAUCGACAACCUGAGGAAAGCCGGUGCUUCCGUUUCCGUCGUCGCCGCUGCAGUUUCUAGCGACGCACGCUCAUCGGGAUCUUCCGGACAGUCUACCCCUCGACUCCUGCCAAUGUCGCCUCCAGUCUCGCCCUAUAGCAAAACCGUCUCUCAUCCAGCACAGGUGCCCUCGACACCACCGUCUCAAACUACUAAGGAUCCCGUGCUCUACCCUGCCGAUGAUGGCGCGACGUCGACUCAGAGCACGUCCCAGCUGCCACUCUUUGCCUCCACUGAAAUCGAGGCUCACCAGCGAAUUGUCGAUGACCACCUGAGGGCUCGGUCUGCUGGCGAGUUUGGCCGGUUCGAACCUCCCACGCGCGAGCAGUACCACCUCAUCCUGACCUUCAGGUCCCAGGUCAUGAAGCAUUAUAAGGCAAACCCCAGGGGCUGGCUGCGUAAGGAGCGGGCUCUUCUCGAGGCCGACCGUCGUGCCGGUGCCCACCGGUAUCAUACCAUCAUGCCCGCCAGGUCCAGGACUCUCGUAUCCGCCAAGCCAGCGCGUACUCACCAGCGUGGUGGCGAUCGUGUCACUAAGCCUGCAUCGGCUGCUAGCGGUCCGGCCCCACGCCCAAUCCGGAGCGGUGGUGGUGGCGGCGCAAACCCCACCAACGGCAACGGCAUCAGUGGCACCACUACCACUACCACCACCAAAGGCGCCAAUUCCACCGUCUCGGCCAAACGUUCAGUCCCCCGCGCUAGUCCCACACCUGAGCCUACGCGCAGAAUCGUCGCUCCUAAUAGAGAGGAUAAGGACUUUAACUCACUGCCCGACUACUGCCCGCCUGCCUCGUCACUACCCAGCCGCCCCAACAGCCUCAAGGUUGAAUGGAAAGGCCAACCGAUUGAUCUCAGCUCUGACCCUCACUCCCGCCUUCUCCAUCCGGACGAGGUGGCCCUGGCCGGGAACUUGCGUCUCGACUGCGCCACCUACCUCACAAGCAAAAGGCGUAUCUUUGAGCGGCGCCUGCAGUGUCUGCACACGGGCAAAGAGUUCCGGAAGACGGACGCGCAGCAGGCUUGCAAGAUUGACGUCAACAAGGCCUCGAAGCUAUGGACUGCAUUUGACCGCGUUGGCUGGCUCGACGCUUCAUGGGUUCAGAAGUUUCUGUGA